AUACAUCCAACUAUGAUUUGUACUUUCAUAUUAUACAGUUCAUUCUUCUCUCGAAAACAGUUCAGUACUUUUUUUGGUAAAUAUUAUUGACAAUAGUUGCAGUUACUGUGCGUUAUCAGGAAUUACGUUAGCUAUCUACUAGUACGGUCUAUAAGUGAGUUACAAGAACAUAGUUCAGUAAGUGGAGCUCGGCGAGGGUGUUACUAAAACUAGUAAAACUGCGAUAUUUUGGAACAUGUUGACACUAAUGGACGCCGUGUUAUUUUGUUUAUCGGCAAUUUUGGCGUUGUAUUUUUACUGUAGACACAAAUUCAAUUAUUUCACAAUAAAGGGCGUUCCACACAAACCGCCAACAUUCCCAUUUGGAAACAUCUUAGACCUAUUGAGAUCGGGUGAACCAGUGGGACAGUACAUUGGAAAACUCUGCCUGAACGCCGAGGGACCAUUCUUCGGCUUUUACGCUUUAACGAAACCGUUCCUGAUUAUAAAGGAUCCGAAGAUUGUGAAAAAUGUUCUCGUCAAAGACUUUCACGUGUUUUCAAACCGACACGUUCACAUCGACCCAACAGUUGAACCGUUCUUGGCCUACUCGUUACUCGGUAUGAAAACUCCUCAAUGGAGAACACUCAGAAAGCAGCUUUCCCCGGCAUUCACGUCGGGAAAAAUUAAAAUGAUGAUGCCGCUUAUGGCAGAAUGUGGAAAAAAUUUAGAAAAAUACUUGUCUGGAAUGGUUGGACAGGAUCUUGAGAUGAAUGAUGUUUCUAACAGGUACACGACGGAUGUUAUUGCUACCUGCGCGUUUGGAGUGGUUGCGAAUUCCUUUACAGACGUAGACAACGAGCUCUUGCGGCAUGGAAGAAUGAUAUUUCCCAAAACAAUACUGCACUCUAUAAAAGCAUCGUCCUACUUUCUUGCGCCGUCGAUAGUCAAGUUUUUAAAAUAUCGAUUUAUUAAAGAGGAAGUGGACGCCUUUUUUCGGAACGUGUUUAGGAAUGUGAUUAGUCAACGUGAGGCAAAUAAAGUAAAGCGAAACGAUUUAGCGGAUCUUUUAAUUGAAAUGAAAAACCAAGGCUACGAAGAGACUUACUACAAAUUCGAUGAGAACUUUUUAACAGCUCAAGCACUAAUUUUCUUUGGAGCAGGACUUGAGAGUACCGGCGCUACAAUCUCAUUUGCACUGCACGAACUAUGCUUGAACCCAAACGUUCAAGAGAAGCUUAGGGACGAAAUUCAUACAGUCAUAGGAGAACACGGAGGUUUAACGUAUGAAGCUGUACAGGAUAUGAAAUACUUACACAUGGUUAUUUCUGAAACCCUGCGGAAAUACCCGCUGACACCGUUUAUCACCCGCGAAUGCGGCGAAGAUUACAAAGUGGAAGGAACUGAAAUGCUAAUCGAGAAAGGUACACCGGUUCUUAUUUCUCAAGAUGCCUUACACCUGAAUCCAAAGUACUUUCCAAAUCCGCAAAAGUUCGAUCCUGAGAGAUUCAGGGCCGAAAACCUCCACAAAAUUGAAAACUACACCUAUUUACCCUUUGGAGAGGGGCCCCGAUUUUGUAUAGGUGAUCGGUUUGCUUUAGUAAGUACAAAAUUGGGUGUAAUUCAUAUGGUUAAGAAUUUUAAGAUGGUCAGAAAUUCGCAAACUGAGGAAUUUCUUGGAUUCUCACCGAUUCCUACAACGACAGCGAAAAAUGGCGUUCACAUGACGUGCAUAAAAAUUUAAUAUAAGUUACCACUUAUUGUGAAUGUAUUGCAUUUUUAGAUACAUGUAUAUGAUUUGCUCUUGCAAAAAAGAUGCACAUCAAUGGAUAUCUCACAAAUAUA